GCGCGAGAUUUGCCUACGCCUGCGCAGUGAGCAGGAUGAGUCUUGGAGAGGUGCUGGUACUUAGUACCCUUGAGUACCGGCAGAGGAAAGCCCUUGUUUUGAUGGCUUUAAAAGUUUCCUGCCGCAGCCUGUAAUUGGUGCUCGAGCUUAUGAGCCGCGGCCUGGAGCGGAGAUCCCCCCGCGGGGCCCGAGCGCUCACAUUUAGGUGGAGAUAAAGUACCAUGCGAGUGGAGUGAGGUGAGAACUAUCCCAGAGGAGCCCAAUGAGCGGAACACAGUCUGCGGCCUCGGACAGGUUUCAUGCAAGAAAACCAACCAGGCAGGGGAGCAUUUUGUGCAGCGACACAUCAGCAGACAAGAAGCAGAAGUUUGAGCGAAGUGUCAGCUCAUCCCAUGACGUUUUAUCGCAUGACUUUGAUCCUACAGAGAGUUCGUCCAGGAAGACAAAAUCUGCUUGGGAUGAGAGUAGGCACGAGACCUAUGGUUUGGUACAGCGGUGUGUGAUAAUUCAACGGGAUGAGAAUGGCUUUGGGUUAACUGUUAGUGGGGAUAACCCUGUUUUUGUUCAGUCUGUUAAAGAAGAUGGCGCUGCCAUGCGAGCCGGAGUGCAGACGGGUGACCGCAUCAUCAAGGUUAAUGGAACACUGGUCACACACUCUAACCAUCUGGAAGUGGUAAAGCUUAUAAAGUCUGGCUCAUAUGUGGCCCUCACAGUUCAAGGUCGGCCUCCAGGGUCUCCUCAUAUUCCCCUCUCAGAGGGGGAUCCAUUUUCUCCAGCACCUUUACCUCCUUACUCACCAAUCAGUCAUGGGCACCUUGAAAGAAUUACUAGCCCUAUACCCAUGGGGGAGGAAAACAAUAUUAUGCACAACCAGAAAUUGAUAAUACUAAAGAAAAUGUUACAACAGGAGAAAGAACAAUUACAGUCUUCCCAGGAGGAGUACAGCAACUCUCCAUCCACACUGCUUUACAAGGAUAUCAAGGACACAAAAAAACACAUACAGCAGCUACAGGAUCAGCUGGGUAAAACCAAGUCUCCAAUCCAGAUAAAUGAACUUGAUGCAGAUUCCUAUGACCAAGAACGUUCUGAUUAUAUCAUUGGGGAUGGAUCAUGUCCAAGCAGUAAUGUUUUGGAUAGUCCAUGCAGCAGACAGCGAGAAAAGAAUUCUGCAGAAGAAAGCCCAGAAAAAACGGAAUAUCAGGACACGGAUUCACAGUCUAGCAUGGGAAGUCCAUCGACUCGAAUUUCACACAGCAUUAUUGGUGCGGAAGAUGAGGAAUUUGAUGCGGAACCAGAACAGCAGGUGAACGAUCAGUGUAGCUGCUUCCUAAGUAUGGAUAUGUUGAAGACUCAUCCUGCUCACCUUGCGGUCUUCAUGUUCCAUGUGGUUUCACAGUUUGACCCUGCUCCAUUGCUCUGCUACUUGCAUGGUGACCUUUAUAAGCAGACAAACCCUAAGGAGACGCGCAGAGUAUUUCUGGAAAUCUACCAGAUCUUCCUAGAGAGAACAGCUAAUCUACGGGUUUCUGUCCCUGAAGACCUUGCACUGGAGUUGGAAAAAAGGCGACCAGAAUUGAUACCCGAAGAUUUGCUUCGACAGUAUGUUUACACUGUGCAGGAUAAAGUGUACCCAGAAGUACAGAAACUCUUAGAAGACUUCAGGCAGAAACGUAGCAUGGGUCUGACUUUAGCAGAGAGUGAACUUGCCAAACUUGAUGCCGAACGCUCCAGAGAACGCCAGACGCUUGAAAAAGAACGACUAUGUGCGGAACCAAUUUUGCAGAAAAUUGAUGAAAUCUUACUCUCAUCACAGCCACUCGAGGAAGAAAAAUGUGGCGCCAUACAGUAUGUGAUCUUAACCUACAUGAAAUAUCUUGGUGUGAAAGUGAAGGAACCUAGGCUACUUGAACAGAGGCGGGGCCGUAUUGGUUUCUUACCCAAAAUUAAGCAAAGCAUGAAGAAAGAAAAAGAAGGAGAGGAAAAGUGGAAACGUAGAGGAUUUUCCAGCAUUUUGGGACCUCCAAGGAGACCCAGUCGGCAAGAUAGUAAUGCAAUUUCCAGGGCUAUGCAAAUGCAAAAGCACCCCAAGCACUUAUCAACAUCCUCAUCCAGCAGUCCUGAGCCUGCAGAAGGCAGGUUGCGAACUAGUGGAGGUUCUAUGGAUGGACCUGACGCGUCUUUAAAUCUGUUUUCUCCACCGCCUAGUACUGGUCAAGGUUACAACUCACCUGAUGGUAGCCGGGAACAGGAGGGAGGUCCAAAAUUUGCUACAGAAGGAGUUUGUACCACCGAUUCUUGUGACGGAAGUUCCAGAACAUCUGGCUCUCUGUUUGACUUCCCUUCCUCUCCACUGGACCUUUUACAGGAAGAGAAUAAAGACACAGAUCGGUUUAGUGAACUGGGCACACCGAAAGCUUCCCGAAAGUUAGAAAGUCUGACCCUUGGUGAAACUCAAAGUGAAGAUGAACUGUGCGAUUUGGACAGGGAGAUGGAUCCUCCCAGCUGGCAACAGCUUGUUAGCAGAGACAUUCUACAGGGUCUAAAACCGCAUGAGAUUAAACAGCAAGAGGUCAUGCAUGAACUGUUCUAUACAGAGACAGCACAUGUGCGGACACUAAAUGUCCUUAACCAGGUCUUCCACCAGCGAGUAAAACGUGAAAACCUAUUAACACCUGCUGAAACAAGAAGUGUGUUUUCCAACCUAGAGGAGAUCCUACAACUUCAUGUGGGGCUUAAAGAGCAGAUGAAAGCAGUCAAAAAGCGUUACGGGACCUCUGUCAUUGAACAGAUUGGAGAUGAUGUUCUAAGCUGGUUCUGCGGACCAGAAGAAGAAAGGUUAAAGCAAGCAGUCGCCACGUUUUGUAGUAAUCAGCCCGUUGCCUUGGAGAUGAUAAAGUCCCGGCAGAAGAAAGACCCUAAAUUUUUAAUGUUUGUUCAGGAUGCCGAGAGUAAUCCUCUGUGCCGGCGCUUACAGCUAAAGGACAUUAUCCCUACUGAGAUGCAAAGGCUCACUAAAUAUCCCUUACUUUUGGAUAAUAUUGCCAAGUAUUCUGACCAACCAGAAGAAAAGAAAAAGGUAAAAAAGGCUGCAGAGCAUUGUCGGACGAUUUUGAAUCAUGUCAAUCAAGCUGUACAAGAAGCUGAGAACAAGCAGAGGUUAGAAGAUUACCAACGAAGACUUGACUUGUCCUACCUGAAGCCAGUAGAGUAUCCUAUGAUUGAUGAGCUGAGAAAUCUAGAUUUGACUAAAAGGAAGAUGUUUCAUGAGGGGCCUUUGGCUUGGAAGGUGAAUCGAGACAAGAUCAUUGAUCUCUAUACAUUGUUGUUAGAGGAUGUUCUGGUUUUGCUGCAGAAACAGGAUGACAAAUUGAUCCUUAGAUGUUACAGUAAGAUUCUGGCAACCACCUCAGAUGGCAAACACAUUUUCAGUCCCAUCAUCAAACUUAACACCGUGCUGGUACGACAAGUGGCAACAGAUAACAGGGCACUCUUCGUAAUUUCAAUGUCUGACAACGGGGCACAAAUUUACGAGCUCGUCGCCAGCACAGUCUCCGAGAAAAAUGUUUGGCAGGACUUGAUAACCAGGAUGGCGGCUUCAUGUAAAGGAGAGGAGGGUCUCAGGCCUGCAAUUCCUUUGGAUCCACCAGGGAUUACACAUGAAGAGGAACACGAAAAUGGAGAAAAACAGAAGGGGGGCCAUGAACAACAAGGGCAAGAUGUGCCUAGUUCAGAUAAAGACCCAGAAACUGAAGGCACAGCUUUGCCCAUGUCUGCUCCCCAUACUGGGGAUGAUGGCAUCCUGCAGCCUCAACAAAGGACUGUUCACCAUCCAGUUUCCACAUCAACCUCAAGUUCCAUCUCUUAUGACACACCCCUGGAGCACACUUGGGCCCUGGAUGCACUCAGAAACUUGGCAUUACUUAAGCAGUUACUAUUGCAACAAGUUAAGCUCCUUCAAAAAGAGGAAUCCGAAAACUUCCAGCGUUUCUGCAGUCGGAGUUCCCGGGAGCACACUGCAGACAGUGACCAGCAGCCAGUGCCUUUGGGCCUUAACCACCUGCGAAAGAAAAGCAGAGAGAGCUAUACUAAUAGACAAUCCUUAAGACAGAAAUCUGAAGAAAGUUGCUCUGAUCGUGGAAGUCUAAGCUCAGAGAUAACUCAUGAAUCUGUGGAAGAGAGCAUAGAACAGUACUUUGAUGCUCAGGACCUUCACAGCGAGGAGCAUUCUAAGGAAUACAGCAAGGAGAGAGGCAUUGAUGAGAUGCAAUAUCGGAUAUCAGGGCGGUACUUGAUCCUGGAUGGUUAUGAGUGCAUACAGGAAAGUUCCACGGAUGAAGAUUACAUCUGUCCUGUGUCUUCUAACCAGUGCACAUUUUCUGACCAGCAAGCCAAGAGCAACUCCGCCUCUGCAACAGAGAGGCUAAGUGAGCCCAUCCCUAAGCUUGUUGAGCCUACACCACCAUCUGAGACAUUCGAACGGAUGUUCCAUUAUAUUAAAAAUAUUGAGACGGACUUAGAACAGCUCAAGGGACUUGAAAAUUAUUAUCAUGCACUCCGAAGCAAACUGGCUGCAUCAGGCCUUCUGGAGGAAGAUCCAGAUAUCGCAAUGCUUCCUACAGACAAAGGUUGAACCUGAAGUCUCCUGAGCUCUGGUCCAUGAGAUUCCAGCUGAAUGGAGGGAUCUGCCUGCAGCCCACUAACAUCUCACAAAUACUUAUACUUUGGGCACCCCCUGCAGACAAAGACGGCUAGUCCUCCCCAUCUCAUGAUCAUCAUAUAUGCUAAAUAUACACAUGUAGGUACACAGGGUACACAUUAUUUGGCUUAUAAAAUGCAGCAGAAAAAUUAUAAAUAGCUGACAUCUUUAUUUAAGGCAAAUUUGGAUUACUUGCUGAUAGUGUUAUAUAGCUACAAAGACAGACGUGAGAUUAAAGCAUCCUCUUCUCAAGCUACUUCUGCUAAAUUUGUACGUUGGAUGUGAAGAAGGAAAAUUGCUCAUCUUUUAUGAAUCUGACAAAUGGCCAACAUCAUGUCGGCAUUGGUCGUCUUCAUGUUUCCUCAUCUACAUGAGGAAAUAAGCCAUAAAUAAAUAAAUAGUUAUGCGCCAUAUGGUGUUUAGAUUCUUGUUCUCCAAAAACAUUAAUGCAGGUUGCCAAAAACACUACUGAGCUAGCAAUGCACACUUGAGGCAGACACCAGUAAAACAAAUAAUAUUUAGGGCCAGUAAUAAUGUUGCCUGUGUGUCUGCCUCUGUAUUUGCACUGACGGUGCUGAGAUCUUUAUGUAUACACAAGCCCCCAUAUCCCCUAUUUUCCCUUGCAUGUAAGGACCAGAGCUUCAGAACCUCAGCUUGCUGUGUUUUCCAGCUGUACUGCCACCUUACUGAGACUGCCAGACUGUUCCUCUAAAAGCUCUCCUAAAACUUCCCGCAUGACCAAAGUGUUGGAGAUUGGGAAGCUUGCAUCUUCUCGCUAGUGGAGGGUGCUUUGUGCUGGUCUUCACUAAUAAUCAGUGUUCUGUGCCAAUUACUGACAGAUUUUUUUUUUUGCUGCUCUCAACACGACUUCCUUCCAUAGAUCACGAUCAACCAUACUUUACACCACGUGGACUCUGAUUUAUGUAGACAAUCGUUUUAACUCUGGUGCCAGCAUGAACAUGCAGCAUGUUCAGACUGUAAAUGCGAGCCUGCAAUCACUACAUUAUUUUGCAUUUGAAUCCAUUCAUAGCACCAGCACAAAUGAACAAAGCUUCAGAAGUAUGUUUUUUUUGUUUUUUAUCUGGGCACGAAGAUCUCCACCAACUUCGCCCUUUCAUUACCAGCCAGUUGUAUAGCAAUGGUGGUGCUUUUGUCCACAUACCAUUGCCAAUUUACACUAACUCUGUAGAAAGCUCUGUUGUUCUUCCCCAUUGACAUUGCUGGAUCAGGAAGCAGUCUAGGGAUGCGCCUUUGCACUUUUAGGACAGGUUAAUCACAGCUCUUUUUAAGCUGUGUUCCCAUUAAAGGGAGUUUUCUGCAUCCUUUUCUGUAUGUAUUUGUAUUUAAAAAAAAAAAGAAGAAAAAAAGAAAAUUCUUCCAGAUAUAUUCCUAUUGUACAUGAGUAAUUUACUCUUAACAUUGGUUUAAGACAAGAUUUGGGAGUAUUAUUUUCAAGUAAGGCCAUAUUAACAUUCAUACUCUGUGUUUUAAUGAUUGUGGAUGGGUGUGUAAACUAUAUAAUUAUCCAAAUGUAUGUAUUUGACUUAGUUAUUUUAUGAAUUAUAGCUCCUAAAUUUUUAUGAUUCUGGAUUGGAAUAUUUCUUGGACAUCUCACAUUGAGGAUGUGGGAUGGGAGCAUGGGACGUAUGAUAAUAUUCUGAUAAUAAACAAGCUUACAGAAUCAUGA